GCGGUGAUUCCUUCUGUCACGAUUUGGGUCGCUCCCACCGGAGAACACCAACCGUCUGAGUCCAGCCUUUACCGAAGAGCUCUACGGAGGAGACGGUGCACACCGGGAGGAGAGGGUUUCCUCUCAGGGGCUGGGCUGACAACUCGGUAUUUGUCCUCCUGUCGGUGAGGAGGAGAGGGAAGAAGCAGAGAUAAGGGAGACCAUCAGUGCUGGAGCGCCCAGCCGCCUUUCUUCUUCUUCUGUCGGGGCUGCGGUAAAAAAAAGUCUUUCACGAUGCCGGUGUUUCACACCAAAACCAUCGAGAGUAUCCUGGAGCCAGUGGCCCAGCAGAUCUCUCACCUGGUCAUUAUGCACGAGGAGGGGGAGGUAGACGGUAAAGCCAUCCCGGAUCUGACGGUGCCGGUGGCCGCUGUGCAGGCUGCUGUCAGCAACCUUGUGCGGGUGGGAAAGGAAACGGUUCAAACUACCGAGGACCAGGUGAUGAAGAGAGACAUGCCUCCUGCGUUUAUUAAGGUGGAGAAUUCAUGCUCUAAGCUCGUCCAAGCUGCUCAGAUGCUGAAAGCGGAUCCCUACUCUGUUCCUGCACGAGAUUACCUGAUCGAUGGAUCCAGAGGGAUACUGUCCGGAACAUCCGACUUGCUCCUUACCUUCGACGAGGCAGAGGUACGUAAGAUAAUCCGAGUGUGUAAAGGUAUCCUGGAGUAUCUGGCAGUAGCUGAGGUGGUGGAGACCAUGGAAGACCUCAUCACAUACACCAAGAACCUCGGACCAGGGAUGACCAAAAUGUCAAAGAUGAUAGAGGAGAGGCAGCAGGAGCUGACACACCAAGAGCACAGACAGAUGCUAGUCAGCUCCAUGAACACUGUCAAAGAGCUGCUGCCCGUUCUUAUCUCAGCUAUAAAGAUUUUUGUCGCAACGAAGAGUAGUCGAGGUGCCGGGGUUGAGGAGGCAGAGAGAAACCGAAGGUUCACUUUUGAAAAGAUGAGCGCUGAAAUUAAUGAGAUCAUAAGAGUCCUGCAGCUCACCACAUGGGAUGAAGACGCCUGGGCCAAUAAGAAGGAUAUGGAGGCCCUGAAGAGAUCUCUGGCUUUGAUUGAGUCAAAGAUGGCACAAGCUAAAAGCUGGCUCAAAGACCCUCACGGACAGCCAGGAGACCUCGGUGAGGUGGCCCUGCGUGUAAUACUGGACGAAGCUGGUAAGGUGGGAGAGCUGUGUGCUGGGAAGGAGAGGAAAGACAUACUGGCGACCACUAAGGCUCUGGGACAAAUGACUGACCAGGUCACAGAUCUACGAGCUAGAGGCCAAGGCCCGACCCCGGGGUGUGUGCAGCGUGCCGGCCAGUGCUCGCAGGGCUUAGACUUGUUAUUUGGCAAAGUGGACAGUGCUGCUCGCAGACUGGAGGCUCUAAUCAAUGCCAAACAGGCUAUUGCCAGGAGGCUGGAUGCUGCACAGGCAUGGCUGGCUGAUCCUCACGGCGGUCCCGAGGGGGAGGAGAACAUCAGAGCGCUCCUUGCAGAAGCCAAACGCAUCGCAGAUCUAUGCGAAGACCCCAAAGAGAGGGAUGACAUCCUGCGUUCCAUAAGUGAGAUCGCAGGACUCACUGCCAGGCUUAUGGAGCUACGCAGACAGCUCAAACUGCAACCCCAUGCCACCAAUAGGUGGCAUAUUUUACCCACCUGGAAAGUAUGUUGUUGCCUGUCAACCUUGGGCAUGAGUCCUCCAAAAAGGGGUAAAGGUGACAGUCCUGAGGCCCGUGCACUCGCUAAGCAGAUUGGGGCGGCGCUACUGACCCUGCAGUCUAAAACCAACCGCGCCGUAGCCAACAUGAGACCAGCCAAGCCUGCAGUAACCUUGGAGGGCAAGAUGGAGCAGGCCCUCCGUUGGGUGAACAACCCUGGAGUGGACGACAGAGGAGUAGAGUGUGAGAUGCUACAGUGGAACACAGGUCAGGCAGCAAUCAGAGGAAUGGUUGGGGAAGGGAGGAGGCUGGCAGGAGGCCUGUUAGGCCCGUAUCGUCAGGAUAUGAUUGGGCGCUGUGACCGAACAGAGGCUCUGAUGACAUCCUUGGCAGACAUGGCUGGCAGGGGAGAGGCUGAGGCUCCUCAUGCACGCGCUACAGCUGCACAGCUGCAGGACACCCUUAAGGACCUGAGGCAGCGCAUGCAGGAGGUGAUGACCCAGGAGGUGUCUGAUGUUUUCAGUGACACCACCACACCUAUCAAACUGCUGGCUGUGGCUGCAACUGCACCUCCCGAUGCACCAAACAGAGAAGAGGUUUUUGAAGAGCGCGCAGGGAACUUUGAGACCCACGCGGGUCGGCUGGGGGCAACGGCAGAGAAGGCUGCUGCUGUGGGAACAGCCAAUAAGACUACAGUAGAAGGCAUCCAUGCUGCUGUGAAACAUGCUAGGGAGCUCACACCACAGGUAACGUCUGCCGCUCGGAUCUUGUUGAAGAACCCUGGGAACAAAGCGGCGUAUGAACACUUUGACACCAUGAAGAACCAGUGGAUCGACAAUGUGGAGAGACUCACCGGUCUAGUGGAUGAAGCUAUCGACACCAAAUCUCUGCUAGAUGCGUCUGAGGAGGCGAUAAAGAAAGACAUCGACAAGUGCAGAGUUGCCAUGGCAAAUGUUCAGCCCCAAAUGCUUGUUGCCGGGGCAACAAGCAUAGCAAGGAGAGCUAAUCGGGUCCUGUUGGUGGCUAAGAGGGAAGUUGAGAACUCUGAAGACCCACGAUUCAGAGACACUGUGAAACACGCUUCAGACAUCCUCUCGCACACCAUCUCGCCUAUGGUGAUGGACGCCAAGGCGGUGGCAGGGAACAUCCAAGAUAAAGCUCUGCAGAAAGCCUACUUGGACUCGUGUCUGAGGAUCCUGGCUGCAGUCGGAAAAGUUAGAGAAGCCUUUCAGCCUCAGGAGCCGGACUUCCCUCCUCCACCUCCUGACUUGGAUCAGCUCCAUGUUAGUGAUGAGCAGGCCCCACCCAAACCUCCAUUACCAGAGGGGGAAGUGCCUCCGCCUCGGCCUCCUCCUCCAGAGGAAAAGGACGAGGAGUUCCCGGAGCAGAAAGCUGGAGAGGUGCUCAGCGAGCCCAUGAUGGUGGCAGCCAGGCAGCUGCACGAUGAGGCGCGCAAGUGGUCAAGCAAGCCUGAAGAUGAGGAGGCAGUAGAGGAGAGGGAGGUAGAUGAUGAAGAUGAGUUUACUGAUGGUGAGGAUGACUAUGAGCCAGAGCUGCUGCUGAUGCCAUCCAACCAGCCUGUCAAUCAACCCAUUCUGGCAGCUGCCCAGUCUCUCCACCAGGAGGCGCGCAAGUGGUCCAGCAAGGGUAAUGACAUCAUAGCCGCAGCCAAGCGGAUGGCUCUGCUGAUGGCAGAAAUGUCUCGGCUGGUGCGUGGUGGAAGCGGGAACAAACGAGCACUGAUCCAGUGCGCUAAGGACAUCGCCAAGGCCUCUGAUGAGGUGACAAGACUGGCAAAAGAAGUGGCCAAACAGUGCACUGACAGACGCAUCAGAACGAACCUGCUGCAGGUCUGUGAACGAAUCCCUACCAUCAGUACUCAGCUGAAGAUCCUCUCUACUGUCAAAGCCACUAUGCUGGGACGGACAAACAUUAGUGAAGAGGAGUCAGAGCAGGCCACAGAGAUGUUGGUCCAUAACGCCCAGAAUCUGAUGCAGUCCGUGAAGGAGACGGUCAGAGAAGCAGAAGCAGCCUCCAUCAAGAUCCGCACCGAUGCGGGCUUCACCCUCCGAUGGGUGCGGAAGACCCCCUGGUACCAAUAAUCAUACCUGGUCGCUGACAUGGAUGAUGCUCUUUCUUUAAAACUUUGCUUCAAUAGCACAAACCUCGAGUAAAGUAGCAAUGUGCAUAUGCAUUAAGCGUAAGCAUGUGCACUUCAAGAGGAAGCUGCGGGAUUUUGAGCCAUUCUCCACUGUAGUUUGGGUGUUUGCACCAGGAAGCAUUAGAUCUGGUCCCAUGCAGGUUUCUUUUAAUGGCGUGAGCGGAAUCGCACAGGUAUAUCGGAGACAGUUUUUUAAAGUAUAUUUUUGGUAUGUUGUGUUACAAGACUUUAUCCAAAGUUCAGGUAUAUAUUUUUUGCAUGAAAAUGUUUUCUAUUUUCUAAAGGCGAAUUAUGACACUAAAAUGCUCCCAGAGGACGUUUACUUUGCAUUCAGUUUUUUUCAGUGAGUUUCUUACUGUCUAUUGUACAUACAAUAAUUGUUUGUUUUAUGAAAGAUUUUUAGCUUUAUUCACUCAGUUUGACUCUAAAGUCGGGAGUAGUGGAGCGAGCUGAGGUGCUCACUUUCCUUCCUGUUUACUUUUUAACAAUAAAGGUUCUUUACUAAAGAUCUACAAAUUCAGAAGUUCUAGCAUCAUCACUUCAAUGAUUUUAUACUUGAAGGACUUAAAGGUGUUAUGAAUACAAGUGAGACAGUUUUAAAGCAAUUAUAUGAUUAGAAUAAAAUAUAUGGUUGUUAGUGACUAUGUUGUUUCUUGGGAGGUUGACACUACAGCUCACAGGUUUUCACUUGACAGCAGCAGUAUGUGUGACAUUGAAGUCAAAGUCAAGCUUAACUGAUAUAUUUUUAAUGUGUGUUUUCAGUUCUGUGUUUUCAUUUUAGUUGAACUUCCACAGUGAUCAAUGCCAAAGGAUUUGUUUUACAUUACUGUGAGCUUCUAAACACUCAAACUCCAGGUUACUGCAGACAGUGACGUCCUCUGUAGAGGACCCGGAGUGCUUUUUUUAAGGUCUGUUUAUUUUUAGCCAAAAUAUAUGAAUGUUUUACUCUGCUUUGCAUUUUUUUUGUAAUCUAUUUGUAGUGCUGCACUGUACUGCACUCUUUGUAACAGUUGAACUGUUUGGAAAUUUUAGCAAAGCUGAUGAUUUUAGGCAGCAUCCUUUUAUUGUUUGGGUGUUUAUUUUUUAGAUAUCCAGAUUAUCCCUCUGUCUGAGCUCAGUAGUCCCACGUUAAAUGCUCUAAAGCAUCAUCUGAAAAAUCCAUUUGUUUCCUUUUUUAGAUGACCCCGGUGGUUUGAAAACAAGACAACUCUUUAUCAGGCAAUAUUGUCAGCCUAGCAACGUAGAUUUUAUUUUUAGGUUAACACUAAAAUAUAUUUAAAAUGAGUUUGUUGUCAUCUGGGAUUAAACAUAUUUUUACAUUAAUACAUGCAGUCAGUCAGCAAAUUCAUAUUUUUAUUUCCUUUAAUUUAACAGUGGAGAAUUUGUAUGCACCUGUAUGUGAAGUCUUUUCGUUUAAGCAGUAGUAGUGAGCAGUCCAAAUGACACUAAUGGGCAAGGCUCUGGAUUGCAGCACAGAAUGUUAACCGCAUUUUCACUUUUAUUUGGGCCUACUGAGCAUGUAGCAGCACUGACUAUUCACUGAGAGCGACACAAUGUAGAUCUGCGUGUGUACCUGAUGUGUUCAUUCACACCCAGAAUGUAUACUGAUAGCUUCUAGCCCUGCCAACACAUCUGCUGUGCCUUGGAAGAAGAAUAAAAGACUAUAAUGAUGACUGGACUUGGCCUCUUGUUCUCUGUUCUAAGUAUUAGAAAAACUCAUGACCACACAUAACAACGUCUAGGGUUUACAGAGAAUGGUCUGAAAGAAAUACCAGGAAAGAGUCAGGCUCAUCAAACCAGGUCCCUUGUUGUCCAGUUUGGCUGAGAAUGUGUGAAUUGUAGCCUCUGUUUCCUGUUCUAGGCUGACAGAAUUGACUCCUGGUGUGGUUUUCUGCAGUGGUGGUAGUCAAUCUGCUUCAGGGUUUGGCAUGUUGUGUACUCAGACUUGCUCGUCUGCAUACCUUGGUUGCAACAAAAGGUUGUUUGAGUUCCUGUUGCCUUCCUGUAAGGUUGAAGUAGUCCAACCAUUCUCUGACCUCUGAAAGCAAUAAGGCAUUUGCAACCACAGAAAUGACACUCACUGGAUAUUUUCUGUCCUUCAGGCCAUUCUCAGUAAACCUCAGUUGCAUACACCAGCAUCUAUGCCACAUUCAAAGUCACUUAAAUCACUUUUCUUCUGAUGCUUAGUUUGAACUUCAGCAGGUCAUAUCAGUCACAUCUACAUGCCUAAAUGCAGUGAGUUGCUUUGGUGUGAUUGGCUAAUUUCAUAUGUGCAUUAACAAGCAGUUGGACUGAUGUACCUAAUAAAAUGUCCAGUGAAUUUACAUCCAAAAGACAGAACACACUGGUGAGGUUAGCAACAAUGAAAGUCCUGAGGUCCACUGAAGAGGAAAAACAAAAAACAAAAACAAAACAUUAAAUUCAUGCAAUAAUUUGUCUAUUGAAAUAUGUGCCCCUAAAAAUUGGGGCUACACAAAUCCCUACAUUUAUGUUCAACCUAUUAA